UAAAAAACUGAAACACCAGGGUUUCUAAGCAAAUGUGUGUACACGAACGUCAUAAUAUGGGAUAAAAUCAAAAAGUGAUGAAAAAUGUUUCGGAAACUCCAAAAAUAAAUUUAUCUAUCAUGAGUUUAAUUUGUCUUUAUUUGCAAGAUUUUUUGUGAAAACAACCGAAAAAUGGCUGAAGGCAAUGAUAUGGCUAUUAGAAUUUUACGUUCAAUACAUGGUAUUUUCAAGAGAGAUUCAGAACCCGAAGAAUUCGUAAUCAUUCCCACAGACGACAACACAAAGAACAAAUCUCCUGUUUUAUAUGAGCAGCGUAAUCUUGGCCUAGAAUCAUGGUGCGUUAAACUUGUAUAUAAUUAUGCAUCUUUGGUGCUGCUAGACAGUAGGGAAGCCCUAAGAAGAGGAAAGUUGCCUUUCUCGAAAAUGGAAGACCUGAAUCACUUACUGAUAGGAGCACUUCUCAUAAAUCCCGAUGUUACUACUUUUUGGAAUAUGAAGAGGGAUUUGGUGGAAAAAGACAUUCUGGCUGUGGAAGAAGAACUGUAUUUUAGUAAAGUUGUCUUGACUCGCAAAAGUAAAUCCAAUGAAGCUUUUGGGUAUCGACGUUGGUUACUGAAAAGGAUUCUAGAUAAAAUGGCCGCGAACAAUUUACAUAUUCCAUUGGCCCUGUUGCAGAAUGAGCUUUUCGUAACUAAUUUGGCGUCUGAGAAAUCUCCUAAUAAUUAUCAUAGCUGGAACCAUCGCAUCUGGUGCUUGGAGAACAUCGUGCCCAAGAACCAAUCCAUCAGCAACAUCGUCUACUCGGAACUGAGCUACAGCCAGGAAUGGAUCAACAACCACGUGUCUGAACACGCCGGUUAUCACUACAGACAGUAUCUGAUAAAAUUAGUGAGAGACCACAAAAAAAUCGUGACCCUGUACAAUUCCUACUACAACUUCGUAGUGAAAACGCUGCUGAACACUACGAAUGAUGGGGAUUGCAGCAACUUGCUUACUUAUCUCUUUGGUAAAGCGAACAAAACGAAGUUCCUCGAAGAGAUAUGCUCGUACGUGAACUACGUCUGCAUCCUCCUCUACGACCUGUGCGUCGUCGUCGACAAGCUGAACAAGCUCUAUCCGGAACACGAGGCUCUGUUCUGCCACAGGAAGUUUCUCAUCUACAGCCUGCUGAAAGUUCCUCACGAAUAUCACGGCCUGGACAGCUCUCCGCGACGCGAGCUUGACUUAGAGUCGUUCCGCGGCAGCCCGGCAGACGUUGAAGAAAACAGGUUGCCGAAAUUGUUUAAGCGCUCGCCCAGAUGCGAGCUGUACAACGUGUACAGCUUGGUGUCGACGUGCGAGAAGAAUUUCGCUUCGCAGAAUUGUAGCGUCAUGCAGCUGGACAAGUAUCGGAAGUGGCUGACGCAUGUGGUGGGUUUCGAGUGAGGUUAGGGUUUGUUUUGAGUAGAUGCAGAUGUUGUAAUGACGCGACGAUGGAUGUUACAGAUACGCCUGGGAGUGGGCGGGGCGAGGAGGUCUAUUUGGAGAGUGUGGGGAUUUUUUUUUGCACGAAAUAUCAAAAUUCGAAAAGAAGAAACACGAACAAUCUCUCACAGAACUUUUUUUUUUUUUUAACAAAAAAAUUUCGAAUACGAUAAUCGUCGAGUCCCAAAUUGAUAACGAGGGGUAGUUAUGUAUCGCUAGUGAAGUGGUGAGAAUUUUGUCAAUCGUUGGCACAAUUUGUGGAUAAGCAGCAGCGUCUACAAUUAUUUUAGUGUGACGAGAUACUGUCACGAAUUUCCUUAAGUUAAUUUGUAUUUGAUUUUUCAGUUUCUCAACAUAUAAGAAUGACCAUUCAAUUUCGUUAGACGAGGGACCCUCACUUUAAUGAACCAAAAUAGUUUUAUUUCAUUCAUACACUUGAAUAUGAACAGUUCUAGUAUUGUCAACUUUUCCAAAACUCACAAGGUCUGCCGUAUUCAUUUCCAAUUCAGUUUCAAGCAGUUCAGUUUCGAAUUUCUUAUUCCGCUGGUCCAGUGAUGGGGAGAAUCAUCGUAUCUGAGAUAACUCAGAAGAAGACAGCAGUGGCUGUGAACAGUGUAAUCCAAUGUUUAUCAAACACAAGAUGGUUGCUGGAAUAUUCAAAAAAGGAUGCAUACAUGAAAGAUAUCAAUACUAGUAUUUCUAGUAUGGAGGGUUCUUUAAUCAAAGCUCCCGCAGAAGUUAUCAAGGAAUUGUGGUCAGAAGAUUCAUCUGAUAGAGUAGUAAACACAGCCUCCUUAAAAAGUCAGAUUCAAUGAGUUGCCCCUCGUUUCAUGGGCUACGCCCUUCAAGACGUCCGAGAGUUUCGUUGAUAUCUUUAAGAAGGUUUAUAUGAGGAAGUAAAUCAAAAUCAAAAAUACUUUAUUAUACAUUUCUCUUUACCAAAUGUUAGGUCUACUGUACAGAGUAUUUACAAUAUUUACAUCUCUCCCGCAUACGGGAGUUGUAGGAAGAGGGGAAAAGGAUUGGUGAAGGAAAAGGGGGGAUCAACAGGAUGAGACUUCAUUAUUGAGCCCCAGGACGUCCGCAAGGUAAAGCGCCGCCUCAUAGUCCCACGUCAGGCCGAUGGGAGGCGCCCCCGCUAGUGUUAACGGGUCGCUCUCUGCCCAACAGAACCUCAUUUCAGCAUUCAGUCUAAGACUUCCCGUUUCCUGCCGAGGCUUACGCGAGAUUUCUCGUGAUGUUGCGGUUUCGGUACCUCAUAACUGAAUAUAUUAGAUGUGUUUUGCAAGUUUAUCACUAGUUCCCUGGAAAAAGUUCAUGAAAAAACCAGGUAAAAGGAGGACGUUAAUAGAAUUACUGAGAAUCUUAAACCUAUCCUAACGGACGUUGAUGAAAAAUUUGAGCGAUAGCGAAAAAGCACAAGAGUCUUGCUUGAGAUAUUUGAGGAUGGAUAAUUCUAAGAUUGUAGAUCAUUAAAAUUGUCAAACCAAACACUAGAUGGUUGCUGGAAUAUUUAAAAAAGGAUGCAUACAUGAAAGAUAUCAAUACAAGUAUUUCUAGUAUGAAGGGUUCUUUAAUCAAAGCUCCCGCAGAAGUUAUCAAGGAAUUGUGGCUGAAACACAGUCUCCUUAAAAGUCAGAUUCGAAGAUUUGCCCCACUGUUCAUGGGAUAUGCCCUUCAAUGUCUUUUAGGAGGUUUUCAUGAGGAUGUUAAUAGAAUUACUGAGAAACCUUAACCGAUCUUAACGCAGAUUGACGAAAAAUUGAGCGUUAGCAAAAAAACAGAAGAGUCCUGGCUGAGAUAUUUGAGGAUGGAUAACUCUAAGAUUGUAGACCAUUUCGAUGGUCAAUUGAAAUUCAUGUUGAAGUACACACACUGUGAAUACUCAUCAGUAACCUUCGAUCCUUACUGGGAUCUGUCUCUUCUCAUACCACAAAGAACUGGCCUACUGAGAUUGUCGCAAUGCUUGGAGGAAAGAAACCAACAUGUUCGAGGUGCAAGAAAUAGAGAAAAUGCACAAAGUCCCUAUCAAUCCCUGAGUUUCCCCCCCCCCAUAUGUUAGUGGUUCUCUCCAAAGGAAACACAGAAGCAAUUUUCCCAUCAAUUUUCCUCUAGACAAUAGCAGUUACACAGCAGACAAUGUCUGCACUUUAGAAACACAGUGGGACUAAUCACAGCGGGCCUUACACAGCAUACUGCAGACACCCCUAUACUGGCAUGUGGCAAGAUUAGCGGCAAUUUCACCAAAAUCGCUUGUGACUGGAAAGACAAACAGAGGGGAACGAGAUCGCACUUCUGGAGGUGGUAUAGAUUCUACUGUUGUCAUGUUCACUUUGUUUUAGUAAAUAUUUUGCCUAUUUAGUUCCACCACGUGUACGCCACUGAACACUGUCAUGUGUCAACUUCAACUGUCAAAAGUGUUACUCUGUGGUUCUGUGGCGCUUCAGAUGCUCCUGUCACCAGGGCUUUUUCAAGGAUAAGUUAGGUAAGACAUCGCAUUGUUAUGGGUUAGUAAAUUUACCUUACUGGUGGUUUGAGUUUUCUAUUGAUUUCGUUGAUGAUUUCUUGUUAGGAGCAGUCAUCAGUGACACUUAUUUUAAAAGGUCUUUGUUGUUUUUGAAGAAUGGUGAUACUAGCAAAAUUCAUACAGAAUUUGAGGAAUUUUUCCCGUAUGAGUUUUUGAAAUAAAAUAAUUCGUCAAGCCUGAAGGGAAUUUUUGGUUGAAAUAUACUGUUUGUAACAUUUACUAAAUCAUGUAGUUUUUCGAAGGAAACCUUCAUUUUUGUCAUCUGAAUAGACAGAUUUAUCCUUCUCCCACUUCUCUAAUACUUUUUGAUAACAUUGGGAAAUGGGUUUUGGCAUGACACUAUGCAGUAAAAUUGUGACAAUAAUAACUCUUCAUUUGGUUUUUUAUCCGGAAUCCUGUCAACAGGCGUAUCUGUGAAAUCUAUCUGUGAUAUUUUUUGAAAAGAGCCCUAUGUUCAACAUAUAUGUUUAAAGCGAUAUCCGACCAAAGCAUGAUUUGUUCAUCUACAGUAUUUGUUUUCACCUUUUUGUUGAUUGUAUAUCUACCUCGGACAGAGAGUAAUAAUAAACAGGACAUUAUUACUG